UUAAACAUUUACAAACAGGCAUCUGGGGUCUACAAGGAAUACAAACACAAGGAGAACAAACACGAGGAGAAAGAUAAUCCGAACCUUCAAGGAAUUUAUAUUCUAAUGGAGAGAGAUAAUGCAUUAAAAAAAAAGCUUGAAAGGGGUGGGGUAAGUUACCCACGUGGGGGCGCGGUGGAAGAAGAUCCAGAGUCCCGCGUGGAGUCUGGAGCGAAAUGAAAACCAAACGCAGAGAAAGUGGGUACGGAACCCCUAACUCUUGCUAGUUACAACAACUUCGAACAAUUUCCUUCCCCAGUCUUCAGUUUUCCUAUCUGUAAAAGGAUCUGUAAGUUCCAGCUCUAAAUCCGAUCCUUCCUAAAUAACCUUCCUUCCUCCUGGAGGAUGGUCCGCUCCGAGGCCCAGGAUUGGAGUUCCGGAAGGAGGCUUCCCAUUCACUGACCCUAAGAUUCCGGGCCUCUGCCCUUAUUUGGGCAAGAGGAAGCAGCGCAGGCACCCAGCGAACGGUCCCUGGGCCGCCGGACGUCACGGUUACCUAAUAUAGUCAUGGAAACGAAAACUAGUGGCGGGAAUGCACCAAAGCCUCACAAGAGGCGGGGCCUUCUCUUAAAGGGACCAGACUUAGGGAAGUCGGGGCUAUGGUUGAAACUCCUUACUUUUUCCACAAGUUACUCGCACCCUCUUUCCUUUUGGGAAAGCAGAAUCACGGAGCUGCACGGGCAUGGGAAGCAGGAGUGAAUCUGUGAUAUAUCACUUUUAAUAUUUGUAACUAGUUCUCUGCCCCCUUUCUCCUCUUUUCCCCCCAGCCUCGAAGCGAGCUUUGGUGGCUUUGCGGAAUUGCUAGUUUUGUGAGAAAGACCCCAGGCUCCUCCAGAUGCUUUGACAAACACUGAUCACUUUUGCAAGGUGAUAGGGGGGAGCUUGUCUCGGCCCCACUACGGCACCAAGGUACGAGCUGGAAGUGGUGACAUUAUCGUGCCUUCAUUCGCGCGGCCUGUCUCUGAGCCGUUGACUGCAAGGUUGACUCGAGAUAUCUCGCACCACGCGCUUGAGGGGCUCUUUCCCUCCCCCCAGUUUCACACCGAGCUCGGGAACAAUAUGCGCCCAACUUCUGGAAGAAGAAAAUUCCUAGGGGAAGGGUGAGAGGAGUUUCUCCCCACCCCAACUCUGUCCAGUCCAGGCUCUUCCAGCCUUCUUCCCCUCCCCCACUCUCCUUGGGGCUUUGAAUUAGGUCCGGCAUUUCCGUCCUGUGGCUUUAAAGGGCCUCUGGUGGCGGGUCGAAAAGCCGGGAUGCGGCUUUCUGAUUGGGUGGAGCGGCUCCUCAGUGACGCAACUAGAAGUAUAAAGAGCUCGGUCUCGGGCCGGGUUUGCCUCAUUUGUGUACACGGUUUCGACCCUUUCGGCAACUUAAAGAAAAAUCUAUCUCCAGUUUGAGGUGGGCGUCACAGGGAAUCGGGGGUGAGAGCAAGCGAAGAAAAGGGCGAAAUCCCUCUUGCUGCUCACAUCUGUUACUGGGCUUUGCCCAACGGUCAUCCCCCCAGCCCGCCCACUAAUCUACCCUCCUAUCUCUUUCUUCCGUUGCUGCGCCUGGGUCCCGGCAUGGAAGCACAGAAGGAAGCGCAGCGUAUUAUGACCAUGUCAGUGUGGAAGAUGUACCAUUCACGCAUGCAGCGCGGCGGCUUGAGGUUGCACCGGAGCCUUCAGCUAUCGCUGGUCAUGCGGAGCGCCAGGGAGCUCUACCUCUCCGCCAAGGUAGAAACAGACGAGGCAGAGCUAUCGCCCUUCCCGGCCGCGGCCCUGGCUCCCGCCCCGAACCUGCCCCAGCCCAUGACCGUAGCUGAAGCCGAAGAUGCCUCUUUGCAAGUGUCUGAAGAGGCGAUCCCGGCCCCAGAGCCCAUGGAAACUCAGGAAGCUAGGGAGAACGAGCCGGCGCCCGCCUGCAGCUGCUUGCCUCCGGUGCGCAAUGCUACUCUGUCUCAGCGCUCGAUGAAACCCAAUCGCAAGCGGCGGAGCAGUAGCUUGGGCCAGGGUGGGGAAGCCGGGCUGGUCCCCAGCAAGAAAGCAAGGUUGGAGGAAGAGACGGCGCCGACUGAAGGGAAGACUGAGGUUGAGGCUGAAGACCUGGAGAGGCGGCAGUCGCAGGUGGAGGAGGGCCCCUUCCCUAGUCUGGCCCGAGUUUUACAGAAGCGCUUCUCCGGCAUUCUGAGUAACACCGCGGGGCCGCCAAAGCCCACUGCCCCGCCUCCCUCGUGUGAACUCCAGCCUGGUUGCCGCCAGGCAGACCACAUGAUAAACAUCUUGGUGCGGACAGUCGUGGCUUUCUAACGUGAGCCCUGAACUCCGGACUGUGCCCGUAGCUUUAGCUGGCCCGAGUUGUGUCGAGGCCGCUGUCCAGCCCCGAGCGACCUGGGGCCUUAGGCUUUGGUCGUCCACCUCCCGGAGAGGAAGACUGACCUCGCUCCUGUCCUUCCCCAGGCGCUGGUGACGGCUUUGGUGGCAGAGGGGAGUGGUGGUGGGGAGGACGAGAGAGAAGCUGCUGAUCUGGAGAAUUUGCUCCAUAAUGCUGCUAAGAGACUGGUCCGAGAGGAGAAGAUGGGACGCUUUUUCUGACCUCGGUAGUCACCCUCCAGGCUGGGGCGGAAGGGACCGUGGCAUCAGACUUUAUGGAUGCCAGUGAAGCCAGCCAAGCAUCCAGACUUCAGAGACUCGUGGAGACGCUGGUGGUCUUGCCUUUAAGUGACCUGCCUCAGACCUUUCUAUUGGAAAGCGACAUAUAUGAUGGUGCUAUUGACGUGACUUGUUAUUUCCUCUUCCCUAACUUAAUGCUUGUUCUUGGCCGCCCAGUGGAAGCGGUGGUGGCAGCAGCAAGUGCUGGGUCUUGAGGGCAUUUGCUGGGGUGGGAGGUGAGGUGGGGAAGGCUGGGUAGAAGCUCCUUUCUCAGGGUUUAAACUUUUUAAAAUUGGGGGCGGUACUUCUGUCCCAUUAAAGCUUUUUGUAUAAAACUCA